GGGAGGGGACAGGACAGGACAGUGCCUCUUUCCCGCACCGCCGGGACAGCGACGCCGAGGCUCCCGGCUUGCCCCGCCAUGGCUCUCAGCUCCGAGCGGCUCUUCGACUCCCUGGGACAUUUCGGCAGAUUUCAAGCAUGUGUUUAUUUUGCAUCUGUCUUUCAAGCUAUGUCAUGUGGUAUCCAUUACUUAGCAUCUGUGUUCAUGGCUGUUACUCCUAACUUUGUAUGUGGGUUCCCUGGAAAUGUGAGUAGUGUUCUUUUCCACAACUCCUCUGCAUCAAGUAUAGAGGACAUCUGGACACUAUGGACAUCAACAGAAAAUUACAUUGUAGUCCAGCUGGAAAAUGGAGAAAUUUGGGAACUUGAUCAAUGCAGCAGAUCCAAACGAGAAGUUAGUUUGGAUCUGGCAUACGAAUACAAAGGCAACAAGUCUGUAUUUCCUUGUUCUGAUGGAUUUCUCUAUGAUGAUACAAAGUGGAAGAGCACUGUUGUUACGCAGUGGGAUCUGGUCUGUGACCGAGAAUGGCUUGCAAAAUUAAUCCAGCCUACGUUCAUGCUUGGAGUCUUGAUUGGAGCAGUGAUUUUUGGAGACAUUGCUGACAGACUGGGAAGACAGCGUGUUAUAUGGUUCACAAGUGCGGGUCAGUUUGUAUUUGGCAUCGCAGUGGCCUUCACAUUUGACUACUACGGUUUCGUGAUUGUGCGCUUUCUCCUUGCUAUGGUUUCAAGUGGCUAUCUGGUUGUGGCUUUUGUUUAUGUGACUGAAUUUGUUGGCAUUAAAGCACGAACCUGGGCUUCUAUGCAUGUCCAUGCUUUUUUUGCUAUGGGAAUUAUGAUUGUGGCACUCGUGGGAUUUUUUGUUCGGACCUGGUGGGUCUAUCAGAUAUUUCUCACCAUAGCAACUCUUCCCUUUGUCUUGUGCUGCUGGAUGCUCCCAGAAACACCUUUUUGGCUCCUAUCCGAGGAAAGAUACGAAGAUGCACAAAAAGUGAUCGAUACAAUGGCAAGAUGGAAUAAAGUAAGCACUUCCUGCAAAGUUUCUGAACUGUGCUCAGUCCAACAAGAUGAUCUAGCCAGAACAGGUGACAACGACACGUCCUCAACAAAGAAGCACACCAUCUUAGACCUGUUUUGUAACUGGCAAAUUGCAAGAAGGACCAUCACAGUCUGGCUGAUCUGGUUCACUGGGAGCUUGGGUUACUACGUCUUCUCCCUCAGUUCUGUCAGUCUAGGAGGCAAUGAAUAUUUAAACCUCUUUCUCAUAGGUGCUGUGGAAUUGCCUUGCUAUAUCAUUGCUUGCCUUGCGAUGGACAGACUGGGAAGGAGAAACACACUCAUUCCGUUCCUUAUUUUAAGUGCACUGAUCUGUGUUUUAAUUAUGUUCAUACCUCAGGAUUUCAAUAUAUUAAUUAUCUUAGCAAAUAUGGCUGGAAAAUUUUCCAUAGGUGUGGCAUUUGGCCUUAUAUAUCUCUACACAGCAGAACUGUACCCAACAGUUGUAAGAUCACUUGCUGUUGGAAGUGGAAGCAUGAUGUGCCGUGUAGGAAGUGUGGUUGCUCCUUUCUGUGUAUAUCUGAGAAGUGUUUGGAUUUUCAUGCCACUUUUGCUUGUUGGAAUCAUGGCUCUUCUGAGUGGAAUAUUAACCAUAAUGCUUCCAGAAACACUGGGAAAACCAUUGACUAAUACUUUGGUGGAAGCUACAGAAAUGGGAAGAAACAAGAAAAGCUGUUCAGAAAAGACUCCGCCAGCACAUAGUGGUGCAGCAUUAGAAAAGAUAGAGAUGUUUGGUCAAGAAAGAGUUGGCACUGACAAAUAAAGCAGCAGCAAAAUGGCUGUUCCCAAUUUUAAUCACUAUCUAAUUUAUAGGAUCUCAAGAAAUGUGACUGUUCUAUAACAUCUGUGCCUUUUACUUUGUAUCCUGUCUUCCCUUUUCAAUAGAGCAAUUGUAUGAAACCUUUUCAACGCGACCGAGUUACUGCAGAAAAUUUGAUAGGAUUUCUAGAUCCCUUUUCAAACUUACCCAGACUUUAAAACACCUGUCUGACUUGCUGUGACCAGUUGGAAGGAUUACUCUAAAUGUUGGAACCUGCCUGAUUACAUGUAUGUAAAAAAAAAAAUUGCCAAUUCUUUGCUUCACAUUUUCUGCGGUCAGAUUUGUAAACCUACCGCAAAAGUGCCCUGCCUGGUCUCGUCCUGUUGCAGCUGCCAGUUACAGGCUUGAGACUUCAAAACACAGUAAACUCUGUUACAAUUCAAGUGAGAAGCCUUAACAUUGCAUCAGGUCAUAUCAGUAAUUUUAAACUAAUUUAUUAUUAUUUUUUUUCUUUCAAGUUUUCUACUAGAAAUUGCUAGCAAAGGAGAGUAUUCUAUGGCACAACUUCUGACUGAAAAAAUAAUACUAAGUUUGCAAAAUGUGCAAAUAGUUUGUAUAUUCAUUCUGUUGAAUGGCAAAUUUAUUUUAUUAGUGGUUUAGAAAAAAAAAUGUUCACUGGAUCUACUGCUGUUUUAGUUUAGAUAAAACUAAACUGCUUGAUCCCAUUUAAAGUCAUGUUCAUUCCAGACCAUUAUGUCAGUGCUCCCUUUCUCUCUUAUUUCAGCUCAGAUUUAGCAUCGGAUUUUUCAUAACUUCUAAGAGCUACACCAACAACUUUGCCAAAUGCCUACAGCAAGGUCUUCACAGUUCCCAGUGGAAAAGAAUAAAUGGCAUAUGGCUCUUAUUCAGGCUCUUUGCACAGAAGUGGAUUUAGUUAUUAAUUUUUGGUAGAAACGGUUUCCACACACCAUUUUUUCUCAUAGAUCAGCCGUCUGUAAUUCAUUUUUCCCUCAUUAUAUCACACAAAUUCAGUUAGAAAAAUAUAAUUUAAAAGAUGGUAGCUGGAAGACACUGAUCAAUAGAAGAGUUACUAGUAGUUUUAGUCAAAGUGUCAAAACAUCCCACUCCUGCUACACCUAGUGCACCAACAUUUAUUGUUGGUGCAGUGGUUCUGCCUUAUGACUCUGGACCAUAGAAAACUGAUAGAUAGAAAUGCAUCAUUCUGGCUGCUUCUUUUAUGGCUUUCUCCCACCUCCCCUUUUUCAGUCCACCUUCAGACCUGGGGAUUUCUUCCUUGCCUGAGGACCUGCAUCCCUUUUGCUUGGCCACCCUUGGUUUGAGGGGAGCAGCACAGAAACUUCUGCAUGUUGAGGUUCAGACAGCCCUCUCUUGCCUGGGUUGUGUGAACUCAGUCCUCCCUGGUUCGAAAUCAGUGUUUUUCUCUCUUAGGCCCCUAUUCUAAUGGCAUGGUCUCAUCAAAACAAGUCUUCCUUGUUUUUUUGCCAUGAACUCCCCCAAAAGAGAUCUAUAUUACUGUAGAUAAAUAUUCUGUAUGCUGUAAAAAUUAAUGGCCACAUUUUUCAAUUAUAUCUGCACAAUCAUAUUAAUUCCAAUGACUUCUGAAACCAGAAGAUAAGAAGAAAAAACAGAAUGGUUUUUAUCCCCUUAUAAAAUAUUUUAUUCUUCACUGUACUGUCUUAGCAUUUGGUUCUGGUAUUAGGACAAAAUCUCUUAUAUGAGGAUUAACAUGCUUUGAAGCAAGCAGAAGUGAGUAAAUUUAAGUUUAGGGAGUUUCUCUGACAUAAUUACGUAGAAAGCGGAAAGGAGUCUUUAUGCUCCUUACAAUUCUGUGGGUGUUCCAGUGUUUGCAGAGAAAACCUCCAAAGAGACCUACAUAGAAUACUGUGGCUUCUGUCCAGAUAUAUGAGUUCAGCAAAAGCACUUAACCUGCCCCCUGUGAGUAAUCCCAUCAUUAUUCUGAGAAUGACUUGAAUACAUACUUUGAUGACUGAAGAUCAGAUUACUCACAUGCUGUGGUUUUUUAUUUUGCUGAAGAGCAGACCAGUAUUCUUCCACUGCCUUCAGGUCCCCCUCCACUUCCCAGAGCAGAACAGCUCUCUUUAUCUGCAAGAUCUACAGCCAAACUCUGCCUGCCCUGCCUUAAAUAAGGGUUUAAUCAUGCAAAAAAACCACCAUCAUGCAAUGCACCUAACAAGGAAUUAAACUGGUACUGUCUUGCCUUACAACCACCAUCCCCACACACAGAGCUCCAAAUUCUUUCCUUAUUUUGGAGUUCUUUCACACUGAUACUCCCUUUUUUAAUAGUACAUCUAUCUUAAAACUCACUACUCAUGACUUUUGGGAACAGUACAGUCUAUUUCUAACAAGGUACUGAAGAAUAUUUACAAUUAAUUUUUCUACUUCCUUACCUGCUGAGUAACUGAUUUGGGUCUUACCCUGCCAAGAACAGUCAAUGCAUAUUCUGUGUUUCUUUGGCUUGAGGGAUUCAGGACCUGGUCAUUUGUAAUCAGUACACAUAAGGUAAAGACAGAAAAGAACAAGAAAAAACUUAAAUGCACAAUGAUACUGAUACUGUUUACAACUAAAAUUUAAUUAUGAUUCUAGACCACAAUGUAGCUUGAUGGCUUUUAACCCAAAAGCCAGUUCCUCCUGUCAGUUGGUAUUUGGUCUUUGAUUCAAAUGACCCCUGAAUUUCCCUGAACUAAUGAUGUUACUUUCUUCCUUGGAAAUAAAAUGUUUGUUGAUUUACAGGUACACCUUUUGUGAUUUUAUGCAUCAAUAGCUUAGAGAUUGCCUUGGGGUAUCCUAUUCUUUAACCUGAGGAAGCACAUUACUUUUAAAAAAAGGAAAUAGCAUGUGUCUCUAUGUCUCUAGCAUUUCUAUUUGCUUGUUUUUUCCAUAUGGGCAAAAAUAUGUUUAACACUAGUCAUGCAUUAUAAAUGUAGCAAAAUCAGGGUGAGUUGAUUUCCUUCUCUUAAAUAUUCAUAAAUUAUUUAAAUCCUCUUGCAAGAGAGCACUGAGUCUGAGAACAAAUGCUUCUGUUCCUAUGGGGCAUAUUUUCAUUUCCAUGCUCAUAAAAAGAAUUAAUUUUCAUAGUUUCUUACUUCAGUUCUUAAGUCCUUUUAUGUUUGUAUUUGUCAUCUCUAUCUUAGUGCAAUUUUUUUGUGCUCAUCAAUGUCUCUGGAGUUACACAACGGUUUUAUGAGAUAAUAAAUUAGAAUCCUUAUCUGUCCUAA